CACCUCCGCAGCUCAGCUCCGCGCGAACGCACCGACAGCCGCUACGUACUCUCAACUCCUUAGCACGACGAGACCUGAGGGGCCAUGACUCGCCGCGCGCUCGCGCCGUCUGCGCUGCUCCUCGUGGCGCUGGUGCUGCUGGCGGCGCUGCCGCCGCGCGCGGGGGCGGCGGUGUCGUGCUCCACGGUGUACAACACGCUGAUGCCGUGCCUCGGGUACGUGCAGAACGGCGGGACGGUGGCCCGGGCGUGCUGCGCGGGGAUCCAGCGGCUCGUGUCCGGGGGGCGCUCCAGGGACGACCGCCGCGCCAUCUGCACCUGCCUCAAGAACGUGGCGGCCGGCGCCGCGGGCGGGCCAUACAUCAGCCGCGCCGCGGGGCUGCCCGGCAGGUGCGGCGUGCCGCUGCCCUACAAGCUCAGCCCCAACAUGAACUGCAACGCGAUAAACUGAGGUGUCUCAACUCUCGAACGUGGUGAAGUCAUCACGAGAAGGGCCCGUAGGCUGCUGCUUCUACUAGUUCUAAUGUUGUCACAUUUACGAUCCUUGAACGUUCUGCCAAACUGUACGUCCUGUAUCACGUUUGUCUUUAGCCCUGCGUCCUCUGAGAUCUAGUAUGUGAUUAGAUGAUCCUAAUAAAUGAACACAUAUAUACUUUGAUGUC